AUGCUACAUUCUCGUCGAUCCAAGUUCAAGCGCAGCAUGAAAGCUUUCGGCAAAUAUAUCCGCAAGCCUCUGGGUUUUCUUGUCACGCUGUAUGCGAGUCUCAUCACCCUCUUUGGGCUCGCCUGGGUUCUCUUCCUCAUUGGGUGGAUCUACGUUGGGAACAAGCAAUUGUAUGUUAUCAAUGUUAUUGAUAACGUCUUGGUUGCCUUGUUCGCCAUUGUCGGCGAUGGCAUGAUCCCAUUCCGGCUAGUUGAUACGUACCACAUGAUUUUCAUUCAUCACUAUCAUCAUCUUACUCUCAAACGUCGGAAAAAACUGGCCUUGCCGAAACUACAGAAUAAGAACGACCUGCCAACAGACUCUGGAACAUCCGAUCCUGCUGAUCUCGAGACUGCUCGAGAGAGGGCCACAAAGUCCGCCGACGAAGCAGAAGUGUCUGUUCUCACCCCCCAGCAACAAGCAAAGCUGGUACAUCACCAAACCAAGUUCGCAAAGUCACACACAUUCUACAAGCCCCACGAAACAGAGACACACUUCGCUUUUCCCCAUCGCCUCCUCGUGGCUGUCGUUAUCCUGCUUGACCUGCACAGCUGCUUCCAGGUUGCCCUUGGCACUUGCACUUGGGCUAUCAACUACCACGUUCGACCUGCCGCGCUGACGACUACGAUACUGUGCUGCUCAAUCACCGUUAAUACCGUUGCCGGCAUCUUGAUCUCUAUUGGAGAUCGAAGAACUCGAAAGAAGGAUGUGAUUGAACGCAUGUUCAGGCAGGAGCUGACUGAAGAAGCUAUGCAUAAGGUGCAGGAGCAUAAGGCCGCCAACGAGAAACGAGAGAGAGAAGGCGACAGCAGCAAAGAGAGACUGUGGUCGAAGAGUCUCGAUCUUCCAAGGCCCAGUCUUGGGAAAUGGACUGCUGGUAAUAAGAGUGAUGACAGCGCCAGCGAAAAAGAACCACGGAAAGACAAAGGACAGGUUGGGAGAUUCGACGCCGCUACGGGCGUGAGGGACUUCCAACCCACUGAGCAGUGA